AUGAACACGAAUACUAAGAGGCUUUCAGCCAUGAUUGAUUCGUUUCAUGAUGAUGGAAACGACGACGCGCUAUAUGUACAGAGGUCUACCCCCAGCAGUCCCACCAAAUCGCAAAUAUCUAAAACGGACACGCUUUCCCGUCCUCCAGCUCUGCAUCCGGCCUUUUCAAGCCCUAUGAGCUACGUCAACAGUAGUCCUGGGAAUAGGGAAAGUCUUAUUUCGGAUUAUUCGGCGAGCAUACACGAAGGGGUCCCUGUAUCUUACGUCGUUACAAAGGCUGGAGUGCCGAGCGGAAAGGAUGCUUCUGUGGUUUAUUCUGCGGUAAAUGUUCCUGUCUCAGAAGAAACAGUCGUCCGUGAAGAAAUGUUGGAACAAGAUGGGGCAGAGUCUUCUCCUGUUGGAUUGGCGCUUAAUUUGAAACAUGUGUCUGGUGUACGCUCUCCUUUGAGGUUAGCAUCUAAUCGCUCACAUUCCAAAAACCAUUCUUCAAUUGGGUCCGGGAAUCUUGCCAGCGAGAGCGGCCAUUCCCACAAUUUCUCAACAAUAAGUGCGUCAGGUUCGAGCAGUGCUCCACGCUUCUACGCGCAGAACUUAGAGAGUGGCGAGGGUCAUGAAGAGAAUCCAAUUCAUAUUGAUCAAAUUGAGGAAGAGAGCGAUGCAGAAAACUCCAAAGGAACGUCACCACUCGAAGCUUUUCACUCACCAGUACGUUCAUUAACAAACAGAUCCGCAGUUGGCGUAGCCAAAGAUAGUGGGGACGUUCAUUCCAUGACUUCGAGCAUCGUACCUUCGCUACACACAAAGGUGCUCGAUAGCUGCGCUCAGAACAAAGACCCUGAUCGCUCUUCCACUACAGAGUACAACCCAUCAAUUCCCCCUAGAAGCCGUAAUAGGCCCAAGUCCCAUAUGUUCAUCAAAGAUGGACUGGAGGACAUUCAAAAUCAACUCCAACAGCAGAUAUUGCAAGAGACUGAGAAUGUUUCGCGUGCUAGUACUAACAAAUCUAGUACCUAUUAUUCUGCUGCAGACCAAGACAACCAAUACAAUACUGAAGAAGAUAACUUCGGUAAGCGCGAUGACGAUAGCUACUAUCAUAGACCGCUGCCUACGGUUCCCGUAACAGAAAAAAUUCAUCGCAAGCAAGCUUCGAUUGACAGAGAGGACACUAUUGUUCUGCCUUCAUCCGAGCGCGUCGAUCCCGAAAAACCACCGAGACUACCUAGUCUACCAGCAUCCGUGAUGAAGGCGAGCCAAACCUCAAAUUAUGACAGUGAUGAUGAUUACGAAGACAUUGUGGAUGAAACAUUUCAAAAAGCCAAGCCCAACCAUGACUCGAAGCACGUGAAGAACACUACGAGUUCCGCCUCACACCAACUUCGUACAGCCCCUCACAAGAACAAGCAAAAGGCAAAGCGGAAACGUGAAAUGCGCUCAUUUGAUAUAGAUACCAUAUCCCAAAUGCUCAAUGUCACUAAAGGAACACUCAUCGGAUCUGAGUUUUCAAACCUGGGAAUGAAAACGGAAGAAAAGAGAGCCCUUGAGAGAUUGGUGGAUUCUUUGUCACGACUAACAGCUGAUAUGGUUCUCGAUCCUGAAAGAUUUCAAGAGGGCAUGAGAAGGCUUGAAAAGGCUACACGAGCGCUGGAAGGAUUCUAG